ACACUUCAAUAACAACACGGUUACUGAUUCAACUUUCUCGCUAGCCAAAACAAAACGUAAUAUUGAAGCUUAUUUUGCCAUUGUUUGUAUAUAUUCAUCUCAGUGUUUUAAACACAAUUCUGUUUGAGUAUCUACUGGUUAAAUGAACAUAAUUUACUUGUUACAUUGGCAAAUAAGGUUAAGGUUAUUUCUGAGCCAAUCACUAGGCUAGUCGCUAGCUGACAUGCCCUGACCAUGAGCUCACUUAGCUACUCCACCCCUGCUAAAGAAGAAGAGGUCUGUUGCACGGAGAAAGAAUCUCUGGGGCUGAACUUUGUCGUGAAAGAAGAACAUGAGGAUAUUGCAAUGAAAGGAGAUGAAGACGUGUUUAGAUUUAAGCAGGAGGAAGAGAAUGCUAUAACAUUUAAAAAAGAGAAAGAACCUUGUGGAAUGAAACGGGAAGAGGAGGUUCUCACAUUGAAAGAGGAGGAUGUUACAGUGAAAGAAGAGAAAGACACUUUAGGAGUGGAAGAGGGGAUACAGGCUGUCACAGUGGAAGAAGAGGAGUUGGAUGCUUUCAGAAUUAAAAAGGAGGAAGAUGAGGAUAUCAGCGUGGAAGAGGGGGUAGAAUCUUUAAGAAUCAAAAAGGAGGAAGAGGAGGUAGAACCUUUAAGAAUGAAAAAGGAGGAAGAGGCCAUCUCAUUGAAAGAGGAAGAAGAGGGUGACGUGACAGUAAAAAAAGAGGAAGAAACUUUUAGAGAGGAGGAGGGGGCUCUCUCAAACAAAGACAAGGAGGAAGGAGAGGAGGAGGAGACAGACGAUCUGAUUAACACCAGAGAAAGACCAGACUCAGAGGAACCAGAGACGUACAAAUCAGCAAGACGACACCACUGCUCCCACUGUGGAAAGAGUUUUACCCGGUUAGGGUCCCUGAAAGUGCAUAGGACAUUGCACACAGGAGAGAAGCCUUUUCAAUGUUCCCAGUGUGGAAAGAGUUUUGCAGAGUUAGGGCACCUGAAAGCACAUGAGAGAAUGCACACAGGGGAGAAGCCUUACCAAUGCUCUCUGUGUGGAAAGAGUUUUUCCUUGUUAGCAAGCCUGAAAAGACAUGAGAGGAUCCACACAAGAGAUGCGCUUUUCCAAUGCUCCCAGUGUGAAAAUAGUUUUUCCUUGUUAGCAAGCUUGAAAAGACAUGAGAGGACACACACAGGUGAUAAGACUUUCCACUGCUCCCAGUGUGAAAGGAGUUUUACACGGUUAGGGAACCUGAAAAAACAUAAAAGAAUACACUCAGGAGAAAAGCCUUUCCACUGCUCCCAGUGUGGGAAGGGUUUUACAGAGUUAGGGAACCUAAAAAGACAUGAGAGGACACACACAGGAGAUAAGCCUCAUCGGUGCUCCCGGUGUGGAAAAAGUUUUACCCAGUUAGCACACCUGAAAGUACAUGAGAGAAUCCACACGGGAGAAAAGCCUUACCAAUGCUCAGACUGUGGAAAGACCUAUUCCUCAUCACGGUCACUUAAAAGUCACGUGAGGAUCCACGCAGGAGGAAAGAAGCCUUCCCCUAGUUUGUAAAUUGUUAUGUCACAUCACAUUGACUUAAUUUCUUCUCCUAGUGGGUAUAUUGAUAUUUCACUUCACAUUAACUUAAAAUUCAUCAGAGAACAUACAUAGUUCUUAUAUUGUUGCCUGAUAAUGUGUUUACCUGUUUAUACCACAUGAAAUUAAAUGGUGCAAAGUGUACUCAAACAUAUAUUUGUUUGUUUU